AUGCGUUUCGACUCUAUCCUCGCAGCAGCAGCUGUCAUCAGCAGUGUCGUAGCCCAUGACCCUGUUGUUGAAGUCCCCAGAUGUCCCCGGCGUGUCUCCCUGGGCUUUGACAAGACAGUUCCUGAUCAGAAACCAUUCCCACGCACAUCCGUCAAGCUCUGCUAUAACACCAAGACCCUCAAUCUCCAGUUCGAGGCCAAGGAUGAAAAAUACUUCUACUUCGACCCGGCACAAAAAACCAACGAAGACAUCUGGAAGUAUGAAGUAAUGGAAGCAUUCAUCUCCACAGGCCAUGCCGACCCUUCGACAUAUCUCGAGUUCGAAGUCAACCCCAACAACGUCACAUACCAGGCGUUCGUCUACAACCCAUCCAAGAAUCGAGCAGAGGGUGCUCCCUUCGACCAUGCCUUCAUCACCGAUCCUAUCGCUGACGGCAUCACAUCCAAGACGUCGCUAGCACAAGCCGAGGGAAGGUGGUCCUCUGAUGUCCAUAUCCCACUCGCUCUGUUUAACGUCGAUACACCAUGCGGCUCGAAGUGGCGCAUGAACUUCUUCCGCACUGUGACAUCCAAGGAGACCUAUCCAGACCAGGUUUUGGGUGCAUGGAACUCCCCGAACAAAGCAAGCUUUCAUAUAACCUCGUUUUUCAGGAAGCUUGUUUUUGUUUAA